AAAGAAGAUUAAAACGAAAUUAAAAUCAUAUCGCUACGUCAGGAGAAAAGUUAAAAAUCGGUUAAAAGUGCUUAAAGUCCUCAAAAUAUAGCCAAUGACUAGUUAAAGAUUAUAAGAAAAACCCAUAUCCAAUAAUAGCGAGUUAUUGGGAAACUAAAAAUAUUUGGUAUAGUUUUUAAUUGUGAAAAAUUGUUGCUGAUACUACUGGAAUUGUGUAUAGAACGAAAGCAGAGCGUGAGGAUAGCAAAUAAUUCGCUGGAGGAGGGGUUUAAAUAGUGAAAAGUGAAAGGGAAAUUGUUGGACAUACUUCAUUAAACCACACUGGAAAAGUGUUGGUGGGGUGGUACGCUUGUUGGUUAAUGUCAAGACGUGCGGGGUGGUAAAACGGAUAAUAAAAAUUUUCAAGCGAUAUUGCAAGCAGACAGCUGGCACACCAAAUUUGAUAUAAACUGUGAAUAAUUUGCACGAAAUACCACUUGUAAUUAAUCAAAUAAUUUACAAGCUGCUCGGACUUUUACGUGCUUUUCCUGAAUUCCCCAUUUUUUGUGUGACACACUGUGCCCGACAACAUCAACAAAAUAUUCAGCCGUCGAUCGAAAAUGUGGUCGUUCUUCUCGCGCGACUCAACCAAAGACUUUCCUUAUGACAUUGGCGAACAGGUGCCCGGCUUUGAAUCACGCUCGAUUUGGACAUUACACAAAGCGAAACGCAAGGGCACACAGGAGGAAGUCUCGGUAUUUGUAUAUGAUAUACGAAGUGGUUCGGAUGCUAAAUGUGAGUUGGCAAAAGCAGCUUUGAAGCGGCUAAAGACGUUGCGACACCCGAGUAUUCUUCAGUACCUGGAUUCGUUGGAAACUGACAAAACCUUAUAUGUGGCAACCGAAGCGGUUGAACCAUUGGGCACACAUAUUGAUAAGUUGGCUUCUGACGGUCCCCAAAAAGACCUAUAUCUUGCUUGGGGUGUUUUUCAAAUAACACGUGCACUUUCUUUCCUGAACAAUGAUGGUAAUCUCAGACAUAACAAUGUGUGCGUAUGGUCUGUGUUUGUUAACUCGUCUGGCGAAUGGAAACUAGGCAGUCUGGAAUACGUAUCACCAGCGGACGGAAAUCCCAUGCCUCCACUUAAAGUGCCACCUGCAUUGGAAGUGUACGAUCCCCCAGAGAAAAACGAUCAGAGCAAACUGAAAGCAGCUACAAAAUGUUCCGUUGAUAUGUGGGGCUUAGGGUGCUUGGUGUGGGAGUCUUUCAAUGGUCCAUUGAAGAUGCGUUCGAAUCUUAAGGACAUUGAUAAUAUACCGAAAUCAUUGCAAUCUCUCUAUUGCGAAUUAGUAGGCGCAUCACCUUCAAAUCGACCUAAUCCAGCGGAUAUCAUCACCAGGUGCCGCAAACCGGGUGGUUUCUUUAAAAAUGACCUGGUCGAUACGCUGUUGUUUCUUGAAGAGAUACAAAUCAAAGACAAGGCCGAGAAAAAUCGAUUUUUUAGUGGUCUAACUUUACAUUUGGAUAGUUUUCCUGAAAACGUCUGCAAGCAUAAAAUUCUUCCGCAACUAAUUACCGCGUAUGAGUAUGGUGAUGCAGGCUCGGCUGUGCUGGCGCCCAUGUUUAAGUUAGGCAAACUGUUGGACGAAGCGGAAUAUCAAAAACGCAUAGUACCGUGUGUCGUGAAACUCUUCGCUUCGACAGAUCGUGUGACGCGUUCGCGCCUACUGCAGCAAUUAGAUUUAUUUAUUGCACACUUACAACCGCAGGUGGUAAAUGAUCAGAUCUUUCCUCAAGUGUCACACGGCUUCUUGGAUACCAACGCCACUAUACGUGAGCAAACGGUCAAGUCCAUUAUUCACUUGGCGCCUAAGUUGAGCUACAACAAUCUGAACGUCGAGGUGUUGCGGCAUUUUGCACGAUUACAGGCGCGUGACGAACAUGGUGGUAUACGCACCAACACAACAGUGUGUUUGGGAAAAAUAGCGCCUCACUUGCAUCCACAAGUACGGCAGCGCGUGCUGGUCUCCGCUUUCAUACGUGCGAUGCGUGAUCCUUUUCCGCCGGCACGUAUUGCCGGUGUACUCGCGUUGGCUGCGACACAACAGUACUUCCUGCUGAGUGAAGUGGCAAACCGAGUGCUCCCAUCUCUGUGUUCGCUCACCGUUGAUCCAGAGAAGACAGUGCGGGAUCCAGCUUUCAAAACGAUACGUGGUUUUUUGGGCAAAUUAGAAAAAGUAUCCGAAGAUCCGAGUCUGCGUGAGACAAUGGAAGCUGAUGUACACACCGCUACACCGUCGAUCGGCAACGCAGCUGCCACGUGGGCGGGCUGGGCCGUAACUGCAGUCACAGCGAAAUUUUAUCGCAGUCAAAGUGAUUCCUCCAGACCGCGUCCACCUUUAACAGGACGAAAUCUCUCAAAGCCAGCUUCACUGGAGCAACCCUCAAGCAGUAGUUUAUCAACGACGACGUCAAGUGUCACAUCAAUGACCUCACUGGAGCAUGAGAGCAACGACACUUCAGCUUCUGCUUCAGACUACGGAAAUAACGAUUGGGAUAAUGAAAAUUGGGGAGAAAUGGACACAUCACAGGACCCUAGUAGUCCAAUGGCUGGCACGUCAAAUAAUGGACAAAUGAAUGCAACAAAUGCGCUCAACGAAGUGCGCGAUGGUUGGGAUAAUGAGGAGUGGGGAAGCUUGGAAGAGGAACCGGGUGAGGAGGACGAAGAGCAAGAGGAGCAGUCGCAGGCAACGCACUCGAGACAAUCACCACAUUCCCCGCAUGCACAGUUGGGUACGCCAACAACGCGUCCUCAUCAACAGCAAUUGCAGCAACAUCAACUAAACGAACUUAUCGAACCGCUAGCGAAACUAAACACACACACAGCGACAUCACCAUCAAAAGGCCAUAAUCAGCAAGCGCUUAACUUACGACCCAAAGAUAUCUCGAAUUUAUCCAUUAGUCUAACAGCAGCAACAACAACAACAGGGUUUACGAAUUGCAACAACGUCAGUCCGCCGCAUAUUAAUAACUCUACGAAUUCGAAUGCAAAUUGGAAUAGCGAUUCUUGGGCUGAUGGUGAAUUCGAGCCUAUAGAUGAACCGCUGACGGGGAAUCCCAAACUCGAUGAAGCCCGUCGGAAACGAGAGGAAAAGAAAUUGCAGAGACAACGUGAGCUGGAGGCUCGACGAGCGCAACGUAAUAGUGGUCCAAUGAAAUUGGGUGCUAAAAAGCUUUAAGAUGUAAAUUAUUGUUAUUUUUAUUGAAUGGAUGUAUGUACGUUUAAUAAUAUUCAUACUUAAAUAUUUGAAAGUAUUGUAUUAUUGAUUGACAUACCAAUCACGUGCAUUUGGCGUAUACCGUUGUAUAUUAAAUAUAAUAUGUAAUAUGUGGCAUAGUGAUGGGAUAAGAACGUGAUGUAUGUGCUAUGUGCAUCAGACCAAAUAUUGUGUAUGCAUAGAAAAAGCGCAAGCAAAAAUUGUAACUUUAUAGGCACACUGAAGAUAUUGAAGUAUCCUUUUUUAUAUACUUAUUAAAUAUAAAAAAAAAAAAACAGAAAAUAUGCUGUAAAAUAUAUGUAGA